AUACAAGAUUAUUCAUUAUCAAAUAUACUUUAAUCUUUGUUUACUUGAGGUUGGGUAAGAAAUCUGGUUUCUUUGCGUUUCAGAUUAAAUUUUAUUUAAUUAACAUUUAUUUAAGUUGCAAUCUUACAGCACUACUUUGACAUCAUGCUUAAUGUGGAAAUGAUCAUUGCAAUUGUGUAGCUAAAUUGUGUAUGAUUUGUACUGUAUCUUUCUAUUGAUUCUUGUUUUUCCUCCAGAUUCUCUGCACCUCAGAUGGAGAACCAUACAUACAGCGAGCACGUUCUCCAGCUGGAGGGGUUGAAGGUCACAAACCAGUCCUCUUACCCUGCUUUUAUCUUCAUCCUCGUCAUCUAUAUCUUUACUAUGGUGGCCAAUAUCAGCCUUACAGUACUCAUCUCCAUGGAGAGGAUCCUGCACCAGCCCAUGUACAUCCUCCUCUGCAACAUGCAUCUCAAUGAUGCUCUCAAUAUCACCACCGUCAUACCUCGAGUGCUGAGUGACAUUUUAAAAGCAAGUGCAGACAGAUAUAUGACCUACGUUGAAUGUGCCACCCAAGCGUUCUUUGGUCACUUUUUUUCUACGAAUGCACAUACAAUACUAAUGAUCAUGGCCUUUGACAGCCUCUCGAUCCGCUUAUCACGCUGCAGGUCACAAGUCAUCAACCCUUUUUGCGACAACCCAUCAUUAUUCAAACUUUCCUGUGACAACUUGUUCAUCAACCAAAUCUAUGGUCUCUUUUUCACCGCUGUAUUCUUUAUUGCCUCCAUGGGGAGUGUAGCUCUGACAUACAUUAGCAUCGCCAUAGUGUGUGUGAGAAGUAAGAGCAAGUCGCUAAACAGCAAGGCCCUGCAGACCUGCUCUACACACCUGGCUGUAUACUUCAUUAUGCUGAUGACAGGUUUCGUCAUUGUCUUUCUUCAUCGGUACCCACAGUGGUCAAACCACAGGACAGUGGCGUCCAUUAUGUUUCACUUGGUUCCACCUUGCCUCAACCCCAUUAUCUAUGGACUACAGUCCAAAGACAUCCGGACAUUAGUGGUGCAAAUUAUCAAGUCUAAAACAGUCUCUUUAACUGUAAGAUAA